GGCUCUGAGAUUCACCUUUCUGCUCCGAGAGAAAACUGGACUAAAAUCACAACUCACACUGAGAAGAGAGAAAUACUGCCUUUACACAACUAAAGGAGGAAAUGCUGUAAUGUACAGAGAAUUUAACUCACUGCUGACUGAAUCAGUAAGUUUUAAACAUUGACAGCAAAGUGAAAGUAAACUUCAGACGACAGCAGGAGGGUGUGACUGGGUGAUAAAAUGGCAUCCAGCUCGUCUCUCCCAGAGGAGGAUCUCUCCUGUCCUGUGUGCUGUGACAUCUUUAAAGAUCCUGUCCUGCUGUCAUGUAGCCACAGCUUCUGUAAAGCCUGUCUGCAGGAAUACUGGAAGGGGAAUAUAGAAAAGAAUUGUCCAGUUUGCAGAAAAAAAUCAUCAAGGGAUUCCCCUCCCCUCAACCUGGCUCUGAAGAACCUGUGUGAGUCCUUCUUACAGGAGAGACGUCAGAGAGCUUCAGCAGGGUCUGAGGUGCUCUGCAGUCUGCACAGUGAGAAACUCAAGCUCUACUGUCUGGAUGAUAAACAGCCAGUGUGUUUGGUGUGUCGGGACUCUAAACUACACUCCAACCACAGAUUCAGACCCAUCGAUGAAGCUGCACAGGGUCUCAAGGAGGAACUCCAGCCUGCUCUGAAGUCCUUACAGAAGAAGCUGAAGGUCUUUAAAAGAGUUAAACAAACCUGUGAUCAAACAGCAAAUCACAUUAAGAUCCAGACCCAGCAAACAGAGAGGCAGAUUAAGGAGGAGUUUAAGAAGCUUCACCAGUUUCUACAAGAGGAAGAGGAGGCCAGGAUAGCUGCACUGAGGAAGGAGGAGAAGCAGAAGAAUCAGGUGAUGAAGGAGAAGAUUGAGGGGCUGAGCAGAGAGAUAUCAACACUUCCACACACUAUCAGAGCCAUAGAGGAGGAGCUGAGAGCUGAAGACAUCUCAUUCCUGCAGAACUACAAGGACACAAUGAAAAGAGCCCAGUCCACUCUGCCGGAUCCACAGCUGGUCUCAGGAGCGCUGAUAGACGUGGUCAAACACCUGGGCAACCUGACCUUCAGAGUCUGGGAGAAGAUGCAGGACAUUGUCACAUGCACUUCUGUGACUCUGGACCCCAACACUGCCCACCCACACCUCAUCCUGUCUGAGGAUCUGACCACUGUGAGAUACAGUCAGGAGAGACAGCAGCUUCCUGACAACCCAGAGAGGUUUGAAGACUAUACAUGGGUCCUGGGCUCUGAGGGCUUUAACUCAGGGACACACAGCUGGGAUGUUGAGGUUGGAGACAGUACACACUGGAACCUGGGUGUGUUAACAGAGUCUGUCCAGAGGAAGGGAGUCUUACAGGGUGGAAGCUGGGUAAGCUUGUUCUAUGAUGGUGAAUACACAGCAAUAUCCUCAUCAGGUCAAAACACUGCUCUCACAGUGAGACAGAAACCUCAGAGGAUCAGAGUGCAGCUGGACUGGGACAGAGGAAAGCUGUCAUUCUCUGACCCUGAUAGAAACACAUGCCUACACACAUUCUCACUCACCUUCACUAAAAGUGUGUUUUCAUUCAUUCGAAAUAGCUGCAUUCUCCACCCUCUGAGGAUCUUACCAGUGAAGGCCUCUGUAACAGUAGAACAGCACAGUCAUUAGAGCUGGUACCACCUCUAUCUGGAACAGUAGAACAGCACAUUGGGUGUGUUUACAACUUUCCUGUCAUGAAGUAAAACAACCUCUAACAUGAGCAUCCAGGUACAAAGAACAAAGAUCAACGAUCAAUAUUUUAGGUAGAAUGAUGCUCUUCGUGUUUGACAGUAUAUAUCAGAAGUCAGGAGUCUUUUAGCAUGCAGGACUAAUAUACACAACACCUGUUUAUGCUGUAAUGUGCAUGUACACUGUGAUAAAAGAAUUGUAUCUUUUUUCUACAAAUAUUUGCCAAAACAUUUGCUUAGACACCUUACUUAAUUGUGAUACUUGUAUACUGCUGUUCAUGAAUGUUGACUGUACUAAGCUUUAGUUUCUUUGAGCUCAUAAAAUAUUAUAAUCUAUGAAAUGAUGUGAUAGUUUACACUGUCUUUCAUCUCUCACGUUCUCCCGAGUUUGAUUUAUACAAUUCACUAUUUUACCUCUUGAGGGAGGAAGAGUACAGCAGAUUCUUUCAACCUUGUUGAACCAGUUUAGAAACGGUACAAAACUCCACUGUUGAUCAAGCAUCACAUUCAAAACUGAAGGGUGGGCAUGUUUAAACAACUUUAUUACAAUACAGAAAAUCCCAACAAUAGAAAUCAGAGGUAAAAAAACACAUGAUCAAAGGUCAGCGCUCCAAAGUAUCACGCAUUUGCCAUGAGACUCACGCGUUUCAACAAUAUCUCACUCUCACGUGUGACGGACAACUCGUCCGCACAGUGACACCACAACCUGGACAGUUUCACCUGUCAUGCAUGUUCACAUCCAGUUGGACCUUACACUUUUCUUUCUUCGUGUUAUCAUUACAAAUGACAGAUACACUUUUGUUGUAUCAUAUCACAUCCAUUGCUUUACUAACUUUGAUCUGCAGAUCUACCUUCCUUGGUUGCCUGAAUGACCGGUCAUGACCGCAGCAUGGCCGUCGUGUACCCCUUAAGGUCGUCCGGCUGGAAACCGGUGCCUUAAGUAGGGUUCCAGGGGAUCUGGGGAAGACCAUCAGGGGUUUCAGUGCGGGGGAACAGUCGAACAUUAUCAGGCCUUUAAUCUAAAGAAAGUAUCCAUGAGACAUUAACCCCUGGAUCAUUAUGCAUUUAGUGAAUAAGACUGGUUAAUGCCACAUUGGUAUUUUUGAAGGGUACACAUAAUAGUCUGUUUAUGACUCUGAGGUGGUGUUGCUGCCCCUCCUGUGGCAGAGUGGGCUAGGUCCGCCCUAUGAAGGGUUGUUGGGUUUGGGGGAGCAGAGGAGGGUUUUCUCAGACAUCCGGUAGGUGGACCUCUGUUGAAGAGGCUGAGGAAUGUCUGUGUUUUAUUGUUUCUUUUCACGUUCUUUGAUUUACUUUGUUCAUGUGUUUCUACCAUUAUGUUAAGUAAUAAAUCCUUAAAUAUGC